AGAGGAGGGGUUUCCAUUCUUCUCCAAACAGUAAAGGGAGGCUCUGCUGGUCCAUUCGGGACGGCAGGGUAUCUUGAGCACGAUUAUAAAGUUUAAAUGCAGGCACAGAACUGGGGCUGGGAACGGCGAGGGCGUGUUGUCUGCGGGCCGGGCAUCGACAUCCGCAACGACUACCAGCAGCUGAAGCGCCUGGAGAACUGCACGGUGAUUGAGGGCUACCUCCACAUCCUGCUCAUUUCCAAGGCCGAGGACUACCGCAGCUACCGCUUCCCCAAGCUCACCGUCAUCACCGAGUACCUGCUGCUGUUCCGCGUGGCCGGCCUCGAGAGCCUGGGCGACCUCUUCCCCAACCUCACGGUCAUCCGCGGCUGGAAGCUCUUCUACAACUACGCCCUGGUCAUAUUCGAGAUGACCAACCUCAAAGACAUCGGGCUCUACAACCUGCGGAAUAUCACCCGUGGGGCCAUCCGGAUCGAGAAGAAUGCCGACCUCUGCUACCUGUCCACGGUGGACUGGUCCCUGAUCCUGGAUGCGGCAUCCAACAACUACAUCGUGGGGAACAAGCCCCCCAAGGAGUGUGGGGACCUGUGUCCGGGGACGAUGGAGGAGAAGCCGCUGUGCGAGAAGACGACCAUCAACAACGAGUACAACUACCGCUGCUGGACCACAAACCGCUGCCAGAAAAUGUGCCCCAGCGCGUGCGGGAAGCGGGCAUGCACGGAGACCCACGAGUGCUGCCACCCCGAGUGCCUAGGCAGCUGCAGCGCGCCCGACAACGCUACGGCCUGCGUGGCCUGCCGCCACUACUACUACGCCGGCGUCUGCGUGCCCAGCUGCCCGCCCAACACCUACCGCUUCGAGGGCUGGCGCUGCGUGGACCGCGACUUCUGCGCCAACAUCCCCAACGCCGAGAGCAGCGACUCCGAGGGCUUCGUCAUCCACGACGGCGAGUGCAUGCAGGAGUGCCCGUCGGGCUUCAUCCGCAACGGGAGCCAGAGCAUGUACUGCAUCCCUUGCGAAGGCCCUUGUCCCAAAGUGUGUGAGGAAGAAAAGAAGACAAAGACCAUUGAUUCUGUCACUUCUGCUCAGAUGCUCCAAGGAUGCACCAUCUUCAAAGGCAAUCUGCUCAUCAACAUCCGUCGCGGCAACAACAUCGCUUCGGAACUGGAGAACUUCAUGGGGCUCAUCGAGGUGGUGACGGGCUACGUGAAGAUCCGCCACUCCCACGCCUUGGUCUCCUUGUCCUUCCUGAAGAACCUGCGCCAGAUCCUAGGGGAGGAGCAGCUAGAGGGGAACUACUCCUUCUAUGUCCUUGACAACCAGAACUUGCAGCAGCUGUGGGACUGGGACCACCGCAACCUGACCAUCAAAGCUGGGAAAAUGUACUUUGCAUUCAAUCCCAAAUUGUGUGUCUCGGAGAUUUACCGCAUGGAGGAAGUGACGGGGACUAAAGGGCGCCAGAGCAAAGGGGACAUAAACACCAGGAACAACGGGGAGAGAGCCUCCUGUGAAAGUGACGUCCUGCACUUCACCUCCACCACCACGUCGAAGAACCGAAUCAUCAUCACCUGGCACCGGUACCGGCCCCCCGACUACCGGGACCUCAUCAGCUUCACUGUCUACUACAAGGAAGCCCCCUUUAAAAACGUCACGGAGUAUGACGGGCAGGACGCCUGCGGCUCCAACAGCUGGAACAUGGUGGACGUGGACCUUCCGCCCAACAAGGACGUGGAGCCCGGCAUUUUGCUGCACGGGCUGAAGCCCUGGACGCAGUACGCCGUUUACGUGAAGGCCGUGACCCUCACCAUGGUGGAGAACGACCACAUUCGUGGGGCCAAGAGCGAGAUCUUGUACAUUCGCACCAACGCAUCAGUUCCUUCCAUCCCCCUGGAUGUCCUCUCGGCCUCAAACUCCUCUUCUCAGCUGAUCGUGAAGUGGAACCCGCCCUCCCUGCCCAACGGCAACCUGAGCUACUACAUCGUGCGCUGGCAGCGCCAGCCCCAGGACAGCUACCUGUACCGGCACAACUACUGCUCCAAAGCAGACAAAAUCCCCAUCAGGAAGUACGCCGACGGCACCAUCGACGUCGAGGAGGUGACGGAGAACCCCAAGACCGAGGUGUGCGGCGGGGAGAAAGGGCCGUGCUGCGCUUGCCCCAAAACCGAAGCUGAGAAGCAGGCGGAGAAGGAGGAGGCCGAGUACCGCAAGGUCUUCGAGAACUUCCUGCACAACGCCAUCUUCGUGCCCAGACCCGAACGGAAGCGGAGGGAGGUCAUGCAGAUUGCCAACACCACCAUGUCCAGCCGGGGCAGGAACACCACGGUGCUGGACACCUACAACAUCACAGACCCGGAAGAGCUCGAGACCGAGUACCCUUUCUUUGAGAGCAGAGUGGACAACAAGGAGAGAACUGUCAUCUCCAACCUCCGGCCUUUUACUCUGUACCGAAUCGACAUCCACAGCUGUAACCAUGAGGCUGAGAAGCUUGGCUGCAGCGCUUCCAACUUUGUCUUUGCAAGAACCAUGCCUGCAGAAGGAGCAGACGACAUUCCUGGGCCGGUGACCUGGGAGCCAAGGCCUGAGAACUCCAUCUUUUUAAAAUGGCCAGAACCUGAGAAUCCCAAUGGAUUGAUCCUCAUGUAUGAAAUAAAAUAUGGAUCCCAAGUCGAGGAUCAGCGGGAAUGUGUGUCCAGACAGGAGUAUAGGAAGUAUGGAGGAGCCAAGCUAAACCGGCUCAACCCAGGGAACUACACAGCCCGGAUCCAGGCCACCUCUCUCUCUGGGAAUGGGUCGUGGACGGAUCCCGUGUUCUUCUACGUUCAGGCCAAGACGACAUAUGAGAACUUCAUCCACCUGAUCAUCGCUCUGCCCAUUGCGGUUCUGUUGAUAGUGGGAGGCUUGGUUAUGAUGCUGUACGUCUUCCAUAGAAAAAGAAAUAGCAGCAGGCUGGGAAAUGGAGUGCUGUACGCCUCUGUGAACCCGGAGUAUUUCAGCGCAGCUGAUGUGUACGUGCCUGACGAGUGGGAGGUGGCCCGGGAGAAGAUCACCAUGAGCCGCGAGCUGGGCCAGGGCUCCUUCGGGAUGGUCUACGAAGGCGUGGCCAAGGGCGUGGUCAAGGAUGAGCCCGAGACCAGGGUGGCCAUUAAGACGGUGAACGAGGCCGCCAGCAUGCGCGAGCGGAUCGAGUUUCUCAAUGAGGCCUCGGUGAUGAAGGAGUUCAAUUGUCACCACGUGGUGCGCUUGCUGGGCGUGGUGUCCCAGGGCCAGCCGACGCUGGUCAUCAUGGAACUGAUGACCCGGGGGGACCUCAAGAGUUAUCUCCGGUCUCUGAGGCCAGAAAUGGAGAAUAAUCCAGUCCUAGCACCUCCCAGCCUAAGCAAAAUGAUCCAGAUGGCUGGUGAGAUUGCAGACGGCAUGGCAUACCUCAACGCCAAUAAGUUUGUCCACAGAGACCUCGCUGCCCGGAACUGCAUGGUGGCCGAAGAUUUCACAGUCAAAAUCGGAGAUUUUGGGAUGACAAGAGACAUCUAUGAGACGGACUAUUACCGGAAGGGGGGGAAGGGGCUGCUGCCCGUCCGCUGGAUGUCCCCCGAGUCCCUCAAGGACGGAGUCUUCACCACUCACUCUGACGUCUGGUCCUUUGGGGUCGUCCUCUGGGAGAUCGCCACGCUGGCUGAGCAGCCGUAUCAGGGCCUGUCCAACGAGCAGGUCCUUCGCUUCGUCAUGGAGGGCGGCCUUCUGGACAAGCCGGACAACUGUCCUGACAUGCUGUUUGAGCUGAUGCGCAUGUGCUGGCAGUACAACCCCAAGAUGCGGCCUUCGUUCCUGGAGAUCAUCAGCAGCGUCAAGGACGAGAUGGAGGCGGGCUUCCGGGAGGUCUCCUUCUACUACAGCGAGGAGAACAAGCCGCCGGAGCCGGAGGAGCUGGACCUGGAGCCCGAGAACAUGGAGAGCGUGCCGCUGGACCCCUCGGCCUCCUCGGCCUCCCUGCCGCUGCCCGACAGACACUCAGGACACAAGGCCGAGAACGGCCCGGGCCCGGGCGUGCUGGUCCUGAGGGCCAGCUUCGACGAGAGGCAGCCCUACGCGCACAUGAACGGGGGCCGCAAGAACGAGCGCGCCCUGCCGCUGCCCCAGUCCUCCACCUGCUGAUCCCGGAGCCGGCCGUGCACACAGUAACGCGCGCGCGCGGCGGCGGGGGUGGGGAGAGAGUGUUCACAAUCUAUUCACAGCUUCCUGUACCUCAGUGGAUCUUCAGAACUGCCAUGGCUGCCCACAGGAGACGGCUUCUCUGCAGUAAACACAUUUGGGAUGUUCCUUUUCUCAAUAUGCAAGCCGCUUUUUAUUUCCCUACCCAAACCCUUAACUGACACGGGCCUUUAAGAACCUUAAUGACAACACUUAAUAGCAACACUUGAGAAUCAAGUCUCCUCUCUCUCCCUGUCUCUCUCUCACUCUCUUCACACCUUUCUCUUUCUUUCUGCUUCAUGAUGGAAACACAUUUGCCGCAAGCCCAGGCGGGAUGCCCUCUGCAUCGGAUUGAAGCGAGGGCUGCCCAUCUGUGGCCCCACAUUGCCCUGAACACACCUGCCAGUCAUCGUAGGUCUUUAUAAAAAAAACAAACACAUUGAGAUGGGAUUUUUUUAACUGUGUCUUUAACAUUUUUAGGGACAUAGGAAAUUUACAAAGGGCCAUCGUUCACCCAAGCUCGUGACCAUUGUUAACGCUGCCAAAUUCUGCCAAAACCCCCACUUUUCCCCCUCAGCGCCCCCCCCCCACCGUUCUCUCCUUUCCGGAGGCCUGGGCGAGACGGGAGCUAGUCACUCGUUAAGGGCCGCGCUGCUGACGCCCUGCACCCGGUUGUCCCCGGUGUUCCGAGUCUUGCCUUCACACAGGUCCGAUGGCUUCUGACGAGGUUAUCUGGGGGCACUGGACAGAAUGAGACUGGCUUUCAGUGAGGAUGGGGAGAAGCCCAGCCUGGCUUCCCCACCCCCGCUUUCUGCACCCCACCUUCUAGCCCCCCCAGGAAUUCUGGAGGAAACAGGCCCUGUUGGGAGUCUGGAAGACAGGCUUUGAGUAAAGGUCGUCCACAUGCCAGUCUCCUGCCCCCACCCAGCCCCCAAGGACACAGACGGGAAGGGGUUGCCAGGGACUCAGCCCAACUGUUCAUGCAGGUUUGCAAGGAAAGCGAUUCCAACACCACCACAACAGUGCGAAGAAAAGCAGUAAAUGGAUUCAAGCAUUCUAAGCUUUGUUGACAUUUUCUCUGUUACUAGGACUUCUUCGUGGGUCUUACAGUUCUAUGUUAGACCAUGAAACAUUUGCAUACACAUCGUCUUUAAUGUCACUUUUAUAACUUUUUUACGGUUCAGAUAUUCAUCUAUACGUCUGUACAGAAAAAAAAAAAAAGCUGCUAUUUUUUUUGUUCUUUAUCUUUGUGGAUUUAAUCUAUGAAAACCUUCAGGUCUCCCCUCUUCCCUCUCUGCUCACUCCAAGAAACUUCUUAUGCUUUGUACUAGAGUGCGUGACUUUCUUCCUCUCUUCCCAGUAAUUGAUACUUAUAUAACAUAAUUUGCCAUGAACUGUUUGAUGCCUUUUUAUAAAUACAUAGCCCUCCCUGCUCCCCCUGCCCCGUUAGUUAUGUUCUACCCGUACGCUCUGUGGGCACGAGGCUGGUGAGGGGGGCGCGGAGAGAUGGCGGGUGCCUGCCCCGACCCUCUCUCCCCAGCCUGCCCUCACACCGCGUCUGAGUCUGUUACAGUGCAAGACAUGAUACAAACUCAGGUCAGAAAAAAAAAGGUUAAAUAUAUCGCACAUCCUUGUUCAGUGUUGAUACUCACCGUUGUUGACAAGUCUCAGCUUCUCUUUCCCUUGCCUUUGUUUCAGUUGUGACACACAUAUAUCUAUUUUUUUAAUUCUUGGGUACAACAGCAGUUUUAACUGCAGACACUAGGCAUUUGGAUUACUAUUUUUUUUAAUGGCUAUUUAAUCCUUCCAUCCCAUGGAAAACAGCUGCUGAGUCCAGGGGUGCAGCGGCGCGAGCUCUAGCGGGCCCGUCUACGGCGUCCCGCCGCCACCCCGGCCCCCGACCGGACCUACCUGUCUUUAGAACCGGAGACGCCCCAGGGCAGGCCAGCCCCCAACCCCAGCGCCGGCGCGGUGUGGGCCGCACGGAGCCGCCGGCAGCCCCUCGCCAGGUCGGGACAGCAGGCGCCGCAGGGCGAGGCCCGUGCCCCCUGCCCCGGGGACCCAGGGCCUGGCCCAGGGGAGUCGUUCCCCGGCCAGCAAGCCGACUGCUUGGAGCCCGGGGUCUCGUUUUGUUUAGUUUUUAGCACUUCUCACCAGAGUGAUGACAGCAUAAGAGUUGCUUCUGGGAUGGAAAUGUUUAAAUUAGGAGUAAGAACAAAGCUGUACAGUACGGUGAUUGCUAGUUGCAACGAGAUUAAACACAAAAAAGAAGGUUGGUAGUUGCUUUUUGCUUAUCAGUAGUUUCAGUCCCACUAUUUCCUCUAGUCUCUGUCCCAUAGUUUUUCCCUUAAAAAAAAAAAAAAGAGAGAAAAAGAAAAAAAUUAAGGUAUUAUACGUAGGAGUUUUAAUUUAUUUUGUGAUACCAGUUUCGAUCACUGUAGAGAAGCCCCCUUAUGAAUUUAAAUACUGAGAAAAGGCUUUGUGUGUGUGUGUGCGCGCAUGUGUGUGUAAGACAGGACAGUUUAGGGGUUUUUGUUUUGUUUUUUUUCCCCAAGCAUUUAUCUACCUCACUCUUAUUUUUUAUAUGUGUAUAUAUAAAAGGAGUACAUCUCACAUUUCUCAGCACCUGACAAUAUGCCGUUGAUACUGGUAACCUCAUGCACACCACAGGCCGUACACACCGGGUGACGCAGGGCGAGGCCAGCCUGUAUCCCGGGGUCACAGCAGCUCGAGCUCACCUCCCCACUCGCCUUUCUCUGCGAUGGCUCAUUUGGCGUCGCUCCUGUUCUCCUCCUGACUCAGUUUCCCCAGAGGCGGGGCGGGGCCUGGCAGGUUGUCUUGGAAACCAGCUACUCGGUGCAGACUAGGGGGAGGGGCGGUGGUUUCCAUUCUGGGGACCAGGCCGAGCCAGGGGCCCCACCGCCCCUGUGGCCGCGGGGUGGCCGCUGGGCCCUCAGCGGGGUCAACUCAGCAGCCCCUGCAGCCACGUGGGCUCCGAGAGCCCGGCGAGCGCCUCCUCCUGCGGGUUCUCAACCUGGUGGUGGCCAGCCCCAGGUAGGAUGCAGGAAGAGUCCCCGCCUCCCUAUCCAGGCUGUUCUCUCCACCUCGCCCUCACCUCCUUCCCAGGGGCAAACAAAGACGUACCAAACCUUUGGGCUGGAAGGGGCUGUGCCUCCUCCCCGCUGCCGCUGCUCACAGGCGGACGGCGCCCCCUCCAGCAGCUGCUCUCAGAGGCACUGGCGUUUCAUCUGGGAAAUGCAGACGAGGGGAUCUCCCCAAGGGUGGCGGCUCCUUUCUGCUCCCAGGACUGCAGUUGUGCUCAGGAGCUCCUCUCUCCUGCUGGAACACCCCUCUCCUUCCCCGAGUCCCCUGGCAUCUUAAGGUCACUGAGAAGUAGUGUCUGAUCAGGGUUUCCCGCUUCCCCACUGUAGGUGACCCCGUGGAAUAGCGGCCUCUCCUCCGUUUUGCACAUACCUACCGGUUUCCACAACUGGAUUUCUACAGAUCAUUCAGCUGGUUAUAAGGGUUUUGUUUAAACUGUCCGAGUUGUUGGUGUCACUUUUUGUUUUAUGUAGGUGGUUUUCCUUUAAGUAGACAGAAAACACUAACAGUAUAGUGCCCAUCAUAACAAAUGCUUCAGAGACACUUAAAUAAAAGAGAAUUUUUUGCUUGUGUUAUGGUGCAGUCAUUUUACUGGACCAAACCACCCACCUUGACUAUACCAAGGCAUCAUCUGUCCACAGUUCUAGCCUAAUUUUACGCUCGUUUCCCCACCUCUUCUUGGUUUCCUCCUCUGUAUGCUCCAAAUAACUUAAGCUGAGUUGUGGCAUUCUCCAUGCAGCCUCCUUCUGACAGCAGCUUGCACUGCUUGACGUGACGUGAACCACUGAGGCACAUCAUUGAACUGAUGUGAGCAUUAAAACCUGAUCACACACAGCCCUUCCCUGAGGCAGCAGGAGCUGGUGUAUUCUGGAGACGUUGUUGAACUGCAGCUGGGUGAGACCCAGACCACCCCAGGACUCCCUUAGAGGAUGUCCUGACAUUUGACACAGUUGGAAUGAGCUUCCUCCUUGGAAGAGAGAAGACCGUGUUCAUGGCCCACACUGGCCUUUCCUUCCAGCCUGUUUCUUAUGACUUGGAACAUUUCAAUAAUAGAGAAAAAAAAAAAAAAGUUAUUGUGGAACUACUCAAUGGAAAAAUGCUUGGCAUGAAGUGGUGUGUUUUCAGUUGGGUAACAGAUGUCAGAGCCAAGUAUGAUGCCAAAUUCUAGGCCAGUUUGUUCCACUGAAGCCUCUUUCUCAGCAGCCCACCUCUGCUGGCAGGUGGCUGUAUGGGAUACAGGCCGCUGUUAUGACAAGGCCACACGUAGCUCAGAGCAGUGAGAAGGCUAGGAUACUUGGUCCAAGGUCCUCAGCUGUCACUGUUGGGUCCUCUGGCCAGACAGUGUCAAAGGCAACUCUUUCCAGAACACAGGUACCCUCCAGUUGACAGUAAAGCUCCAUGGUAUGCCUUGGCCCAUUCCAGCAGUCCCAGUAAUGCAUUUAAGGUUUGGGGUUUGUUCUUUUGUUAAUAUUUUUGUGUUUGUUGGCUGUCUUUCCAUUUCCUGGGCUAAGCAGCAUUGGGAGACAUGGCCCAGAGAUCCACUCUUUAAGAACCAGUGAUGAAAAUCAAACUGUUAACUCCACUCUGACAUAGUGGGUGGUACAGAUGAGAACGUCAAGAGAGGAUGUUGCUUAUAUUGAACCUCUGUUGCCAGAGAUGCUGAAGAUACAGACCUUGGACAGGCCAUAGGGUUUCAUUUUUGGCCUCCAGCUUAGAUGACUAGUUGGUCAUUUAGAGAAAAAGCAGAUGAACACUCCUUGAUGGUGGAAUGAGGAAGUGGCAGGAAACCAUUGUAAGAGGGAUCGUGAAUGACAUGGAGAGAGGAAAGCAUGAGCAGAAGGUACAGGGCUUGGAAGAAGUGUGGGCUGUGCUUGGAACUUGAUGGUUUCUGAAGGUAUCAGACCACAUCAAGGCUCAACAGUCAUCCAUGGGCAUUUGGUGUCAACAGAUAAACCUAACAUCCUACUUUGGAAACUGUUACUGCGGAGUUCAGUCAAAUUGUUCAAGAACACGAACUGCAUCGCACCCGUCAGUUGUCAGUUCUGGGGCAUGACUUUAGGGUUUUGUUUUAUUUUGUUUAUGCAAGAACAUAACGAUCGCUCAUCUGUAUGUCCACGUUUGUGUGUGUCCACAUCUUUCUGGUAAACAUCGUUGUAAUUAGUCACUCAUUAGCGUUUUCAAUAGGGCUCUUAAGUCCAGUAGAUUACGGGUAGUCAGUUGACGAAGAUCUGGUUUACAAGAACUAAUUAAAUGUUUCAUUGCAUUUUUGUAAGAACAUAGAAUAAUUUUAUAAAAUGUUUGUAGUUUAUAAUUGCUGAGAAUAAUUUAAAGACACUUUUUUUCUCUGUGUGUGCAAAUGUGUAUUUGUGAUCCAUUUUUUUUAGGACACCUGUUUACUAGCUAGCUUUACAAGAUGCCAAAAAAAGGAUUUUUCCCUGACCCAAGCCGUGGCUCACCCUCUUUCCCCCCAUGCUUUGUGCCCAAGUUUAUAACAAAGGAACGAUUUAAGAAGUAGUUCUGUAUCUUCAGUAUCUUGGUCUUCCAGAACCCCCUGGUUGGGUAGGGGAUCAUCUUUUACUGCUCAUUUCCCUUUGGAGUGUAGCUACUUUAACAGACUGAAAGAACCUCAUUGGCCAAGCAAAUCGCAGAGGUGUUGCAGCCCAGCGGCGCCAUGGCACCAUCCACAUCUGGUGGGGUUGGUUGGUACCGUUAGGCGGUGCCUCACGAUGGAAGGACUCCAUCGCACGGCUCACGGUUUUCACGAUGAGCGCAGCACACAGACCGCCACAGAAAGAUGGUGAUUCUGGCGCCCGCAGGCCGUUUGCUUCCAUGCCUCAUAUCAUGGUUAAUGCUUUGCUAUGGCAAGGAAGAGACCCUAUUUUUAUUUGAGGCAGAACACCGAACAUAGAUGUUUUUCAAUAGAAAACAAACUCUUUUUAAUAAAAACUACCCACAUUCAAGAUCUUUUUUAAGUUUGACUCCAUUGCUUCCUGCUCUCAGUGGGUUAUUGGCCAUAUCAACACAGCUCCACAAAAUCCCCAUCGCUGGAAACACCUGGGUGUUUUGUGCUACAUGGGAGAAAGUUCCAGAAACAAUUUGGGGUUUGUUUGCAACUUUUCCUUUGGAUGUUUGGUGUUGUGCAGACACAACCACAGGUGAUAGAUGCUUGGCAAAGACACCUGUCUGCUUUCUAAGCCAGUGAGGUUGAGAUUGGGGUUUGCCAGAGUUUGUCUACCUCUGGGACAAAAAAAAAAAAAAAUCAAACCAGAAGGCACGAUGGAAUGGAUGCAUCACAAAUAAUGCAUUUUCUGAGUUUUCUUGUUUAAAAAAAAGUUUUUAAAAAAAAAGUAAAAAAAUUUAAAAAAGGUAACAACAUGGCCAAUUUGUUACAUAAAAUGACUUUCUGUGUAUAAAUUAUUCCUAAAAAAUUCCUCUGUUUAUAUGAAAAAAUCAGUAGAUGAAAAAAAUUUCAAAAUGUUUUUUUGUAUAUUCUGUUGUAAGAAUUUAUUCCUGUUAUUGCAAUAUACUCUGGAUUCUUUACAUUACCGAAAAAAAAGAAACUUUGUCUAUUUUGAAUGGCUGAAGCUAAGGCAACUUUAGUUUCUCUUACUCUGCUUUUUUCUAGUAGUUAAAGUACUACAUGGUUUAAGUUAAAUAAAGAAUUCUGUAUGCA